GUUUGUUUUCUCCGCAGAUGCACUCGUUGUCUCUGUAGAUCAUGGCCCUUUCUUCCUUUGACCUGAGCUACGUGCUGUACGUUGGCGUUGCUUUUGUCGUCGCUCGUAUCUUUUACGACCUCUUAUUCUCGCCUCUCAGACGCAUUCCUGGCCCUCUUGCUGCAAAGUAUACGGACUUUUAUCGGGCGUUUCUUGCCACCAAGGGAAAUGUUGAUGGGCAUAUGCGAGCAUGGCAUCAGAAAUGGGGCUCUGCUGUGCGGGUUGGUCCAAAUACGAUCAGUAUCAGUGACCCAGAUCUGAUUCGUGUCAUUUACACGACGAGAAACCCUUGGCGAAAAACUAAUAUGUAUCGCCCCAAUGAUGUUGUCGUCAAUGGCCAGCGCAUGCAGAACAUUUUCAACACUGCAGAUGAAGACUUUCACACCAAAUACACCAAACCCAUCCGGGGAUUCUGGACCCUCCCCAAGAUGCUGGAGGCUGAGCCCAUCAUGGACGAGACUCUCUGUGAGCUGAUUACUCACCUGGACAAUCGCUUUGCCAGCACUGGUUAUGUCUGCAAGAUGGAUGAAUGGGUCGCUUAUUACGCCUGGGACGCAGCUGCCAAUAUUAGCUUUGGCCGCAACUAUGGCUUCAUGGAUCAAGCUGCUGAUGUCGAGAACAUCAUUGCCGAGAGCACGGCUGGGCUCAAGUAUUUCACACCCAUCAGUCAGAUCCCGUGGCUUGACGAGUGGUUGGAUAAGAAUCCUAUCUGGCGCAUUGGCCCUCGCCCUCUUGUCAAUGGUGUAUUGUACACCGUCAAGAUUCUCACAGAGUAUCAACAGCAGGUGGCUUCUGGCGCCGCCAAGCGUAAACCAGUGGACCUCUUCAUCGACAAGUACAACAGCUUGAAAGAGACUGUUGACUAUGUUGAUGACCAGCAGAUCCUGAACUGGCUUAUGCUCAAUGUCUUGGCUGGCGGCGACUCAACAGCUGGUGCUAUGCGUGCUCCUGCUUACCAUCUCCUGAAGAAUCCUUCUGUCUGCGAGAAAAUGGUCGCCGAGCUCCGUUCUGCCAACUUGACUCUGCCCGUUCCCCAAUGGAAGGAGAUCAGUCAAUUACCCUAUUUCGAUGCAGUUAUGCGUGAGUCUAUGCGAAUCUCGCCAGCUGUCGGUCUCAUCCUUGAGCGCGAAGUCCCAAAGGAAGGCCUCGAACUUUCAGACGGUCGCUUCAUUCCCGCUGGAACAAAAGUCGGCAUCAAUCCUUGCGUAAUCACUCGCGAUGUUGGUGUCUUUGGUGAAGAUGUCGAUACCUUCCGACCUGAGCGAUGGCUUCGCAGCAAAGGUGAAUCUGAACAGGGACAUGCUCAACGCAUACGACGAAUGCACGAGUGUACUGAGAUGAUGUUUGGACACGGCUCACGAGUUUGCAUGGGUAAACACAUGUCCAAGUUGGAGAUGUAUAAGAUGUUUGCUACGCUUUAUGUGAACUUUGACGUUCGUAUUACUGAUCCGAACCAUAGAUGGAAGUAUGAUAACUCCUGGUUCAUGUAUCACAAAGACAUCCCGUGUACUAUUAGUCGUAGACAGAAGUCGUAA